AAGCAUUACUAUUUGCAAUCAGCCCGCAUAUUUUUCACAGUUUUACCUACCUAAUAAUCCUAAUUAUUACUAUUUUCUACGUACGCCUCCUGCACAUGCACAUGCACAGCUAUCCCUGCCUCUGCCUUUGCCUUUGGUAUCACGAAUCCAUAUUUCGCCAUUCACCUGCUCCUACUCCUACUCCUGCUCCUGCUCCUCCGGCUCCGCAUUAACCAAGAUCUUCUCUAAGCCUCUCUAUUUGUCCAAAUUUUGCAGGUUUAUUGCUUCUACCAAGCCUUCUAUGCAUCAAGCCUCGUCUUCGCAAUUAACAAGAACCUGUCAGAUCCACUUCCCUCCCCUCCUUUGACCGCCGUCAACGGCCUCUUCCUAAGAAUUCAUCCAGUCCUUGGACUUGAUUUUUCAAUCAGACCAAAACUACAUCAUUGCUACGGUUCUCUCUCAUCAACGAGAUCAUUCUGAUCCUCUUUAUUAUGUUUCUUUUCCUUUAAUUUGUAUUUAAUCCCUCCCGGAGAGAAAGCGAAAUCAGUCAAUCCUAUCGCAUUGUUCACACUUUCGAGAAGAACCACUUCACGAAGAUACCACAAUACAAUUGAAGCAGAUUAGAAGUUCUAGAAUUACAGAACUACUAGUGAACGAUUACAAGACGUGUCAACGGUCUUACGGAUACUGCUUUUCCUCAUUGUCCAGACCAAAACCAGCCCUAGCCCUUCCAAGAGAAACUUCAUACAACUCCUCUUAACACGCUACUCGAUUCAACUUAGCUCACGAGCCAAAAUACUAUUUUAUACUAGUAAUUGGAUUACUGGCACAAACUUUCAAAAUUCAAAAUUCAGAUCCUUCAAACUUUUACUCGUCAUUCGCACUUUCCUGACUCUUUCGUUAAUUUGUCUCAAAGUACAGUCAGUGUCAGCUCACCUGAUUAGCAAUCAUGGCGACCACUAUUUUACCACUUACUCACCCUACACUGCCUUCUACUUUUCCUAAUAUCUCGAAUCAAUUAUACCAUCUUCCUCAUAUUGAAUCAAAUUCUGCUUCUGCAGAAUCGAGUCGACCUUCCUCGAUAGAUUCUCGUCAAGUCGAUUCCAUUCCCGAAGAAUACGAGUACGAGACCGGCAGUGAAGCUGUUAAUGAGCCAGUAACUCCUACAGAGUUCCAAAAUCCUCACCAAAAUACUAGAGUACUCACUGGCAGUGAGAUUUCUCAUGAUCUCAUUCGCAAGCUUCCUCCAUCUUCAAUUCAACUUCCUACUAUAGUCAGUACUGUUGCGACUCCUCCACCUCGAUCGAACGAGCAGACACCAUUCUCCUCUUUACAGUCCAUCAGAGGAAAUAUAGACCCUUCUUCUACUCCAACUCCGCUUCCGAAAAGACCAAAUUUUCCUACAAAAGACUCGGGUUUGAGAAGUAAAGUUUCGAAGUUCUUCAAGAGGUCAAAUUCUCAAGUCGGAACCUUAAGUGCAACGGUCUUGAAUGACCAGACCAAUCUUACAAAUACGACUAAUCUUAAAAACAACAAUGGUUCUGAUCCAAUGUUAGGCAAAGCGCAUCGUCGAAUGUCGAUCGGACGAGCGUCAACUUCUACUACAGCAUUUACCUCCCGUGCCAAUACACCUCCUUCACCCAGCACCCCACCAGAAACGCAAUCAUCGCAAGAAAACUUGUUUUCAAGUAUAAGACCAAACGAGAACCUCAAUAUGACUAAAAAACAAAGAUCCUCGACGGGUAUGAGCAUGAGCCUCAUGAAUGUAUUUCAGAAUCAUGGACCCAAGAUUGCCUUUGAUACAUCGGCAAUAGAUGAAAAAUCCAAAGCUUCUCAACGUGCCACAAGCGUUGAUUGGGAUUUGGAUAAUGGCUUCGCCACAGAAGGGGUGCAGCAGAUGUUGCGAGAGCCUUGGGCCAUGCCAGCCGAGACUGGAAUUGGUUUGAAAUCAAGACGUUUGAGUAUGAGUCUUCCAGAUGACCUCCUGGUUGAUGUCGUAGAAUUGGAUGAAGAAUAUCAUCAGCAAACUACAUUUAUAGGACGUCGUGGAAAACAGGUCGGGAAAGGUGCCACAGCCCAUGUGAAACUGGUCGUCAAGAAUGGCACAAGCGAUAUAUUUGCUGUGAAAGAAUUCCGUGGUAAGUCUACGACGGAAAAGGAAGAAGACUAUGAAAAGAAAGUCAAAUCAGAAUACUCGAUUGCUAAAGCCGCUCUUCACCCAAAUAUUGUACAGACCUUUCAACUUUGUACACAUAACGGUCGGUGGAACCAUGUGAUGGAGUACUGCGAACAAGGAGAUCUAUUCGGUCUUAUCAAUCAGAAGUACCUCAGCAAGGAGGACCAUCUAAAGGAUCGCCAAUGUUUAUUCAAGCAACUUAUUCAAGGCAUUCAGUUUCUUCAUGGUAACGGAAUCGCUCAUCGAGAUAUCAAACCUGAGAAUCUAUUGAUAACCAAGGAUAGUAAGCUCAAGAUCACCGACUUUGGUGUCUCUGAAGUCUUUGCUGGUCUUCAUCCUGGUUUCAGAGCCGCCAGAGGUCAAUGUGGAAAGGAUAUGGCCGAGAUUAGGCUUUGCGCUCCUGGUAUCUGUGGAAGUCCUCCCUAUAUUGCCCCAGAAGUUCUUGAGAAACAAGGUGAAUACGACCCAAGACCUCUAGAUGUAUGGAGUGCUGCCAUAGUUAUGCUAUGUAUGACCGCCAACGGCUGUCUUUGGGAAAGAGCCAAGCCCAACACUUCUCCCCAUUACGACGAACUCGUCCGGGGCUGGAAUAAAUGGAAUGGCAAACAUAACGACUGUUCCAUAACAGACUCUGAUUAUCCUCACGUUUCAUUCUUCGACAAACAUAUUAAUCCACCCGCUCUUCGUCGCAUACUUCUUACAAUGCUCAAUCCCGACCCUAAACAAAGAGCGACCAUUUCAGAUGUUGCAAAGAAUCGUUGGAUGAAGAACGUUGAAUGCUGUCAGAUUGACAGCUACGAUGAACCCACUACAAUCAUCGAUGCGAGUAAAUGUUCGGGCUUAGGGAAUAGGAAUAUGAAUAGAGUGGUCAAUCAUAACCAUUUACCGCCUAAAGAACACCAUGGCCAUAGAUUGGUUAGGUUACCUGGUAGUACGGAUAUGUAAUGUCGCAUUGGUAUUUGCAAACACUCCAAUGGGAGUUGGGAAAUACUGAGAUACAAAAUUACCGGGCAAUGAAUUUUGACCUUCGAGCCGGAUUGAAUGUCUAGGGAAUGGGUGUCAAGCGAAUGUUCAAACGGAAAAAUCACAAACUGGGGAGCGGGAGCUGGGCGUUCAUUACACGACUAUACUUCAACGGCUUUCCUAUGUUAUGCGCGGGCUGGCUUGGGCAGAUUUUCGUCGGGACGGUGUUUCUUUCACAUACAUACUAAUGAGUCGAUGAUAAUGCGUUUCGAAGAAGUGUUGAAGAUGGCAAGGGGGGGUAUGAUUCUAUACGAAAUUUGAGAUUUGAGAUCUGAAUUCGGUAAUUAUGGAAGAUGGCUGAAGUGGAGUUCUGUCAUUAAUGUGGUAUGUGAUAGAGUGGUUGCGUGUGUAUAUUUUGGUGGCCGAGAGUUGAUUGGGUGGUUUGGAUAGGAUGGGUUCAGUUUAUAGAAUGGUGGCGCGGGAUGGACUUUUUGUGGAAGAUCAAGAUUAUGAUUAUUUCAAUUGAUAGGAGCGUGAGAGAUAUAUUGGAAGGGAGUCGAAGUGGUGAAUAAGGGUGACAGAUGGGGAAUGGAGAAUCAGAUUGUGCAUACAUUGCAUUUUACGAGAUGAUACGAAAUGAAAUGGUUUCGGUUCUCGGUCAUUUCCAUAUGGGGAACUAGUACUGGGGAGAGAAGAUAAGAGCCUUCGUUUGAGACGGAGGAUG